AUGGGGAGAGCCAAAAUCCAGCAGCCAGAGGGGAGCGGUGUCCUCUCCUACCCGGAGCCAGCUCCGCGCCAGGCCUCCAGCGUGGCCCAGGAACCAUCUCCCCAGGCGGCUCUGGAGCUCCAGGGCAGCACCAGCAGCCUCGACGAGCAGGCCCAGCAGCUGGAUGCGGAAAUCAACGAGCUGAUCCAGCAGUGGGAGCUUAGGCCUGAGGAUGAGGAGUGGGAGGACACGGCCUCUUCCAUGCUGCUGAAGAGUAAAUGGUGCCGGGGUGACCCCAUGGACCUGGACUACGAGUUCAUCCGGGAGGACCCUGCCUAUGACACAGACAGGGUGGAGAGCGAGGCUCGGGAAGCAGAUGAUGAAGAGGGCCAGGCCGGCAGCCCAGCAGUGCCACCUUCCUCACCCUCCUCCCCUGCCCAGUCCUCAGAGGCUGCCCCGGACAGCCAGGGGGGCUAUUCCCUGAGACCCAGGGGUCCUGCGAAGGAGCGUUCAGCAGAGGAGGAGGAGGGAGACACCCCUGCUGGCUCCACGGAGGAGAGCUCAGCAGAGGAGGAGGAGGGAGACUCCCCUGGUGGCUCCACGGAGGAGAGCUCAGCUGAAGAGGAGGAGGAGGAAGAUGCUGAGCCCUCUCCCCAGCGGCAGAGGAAGCGGGGUCCCCAGGGAGGGACAGCUCCACGUGUCUAUCCGUGCCCCACCUGCGGCCAGAAGUUCGCCAACAGCAGCAACAUGCGGAAGCACCUGCGGAUCCACACGCGGGAGGCGCUGUACUCGUGCCACGCCUGUGGCAAGUCCUUCACCGACUCCUCCAACCUUACCAAGCACCAGCGCGUGCACAGCGGGGGCCGGGAACGCCCCUUCAGCUGCUCCAAGUGCCCCAAGGUCUUCGCCUCGGCCCCCGAUCUGCAGGAGCACCUGCGGCGCCACGAGGGCAUCCGGCCCUUCCCCUGCAUGGACUGCAAGCGCAGCUUUGUGUCGCAGGCAGAGCUGCUGGCGCACAUCCGCAGCCACGUGGGGCAGCUCCAGGCCUCGGCCCCCAAGCCCUUGCUGCGCUGCGAGGACUGCGACAAGAGCUUCGCCAGCCCCAUGCUGCUGCGCCUGCACCAGCGCCGCCACAAGGCCUUUGUGUGCGAUGAAUGCGGCGCCGUCUUCACCCUUGAGUUCAAGCUGCUUUUCCACAAGAGCCUGCACAAGGGGGCGCAGACCUGCACGCGCUGUGGGGUGCAGUACAUGGGAGGGCACUUCUGCCGGGCCCAGGCCCAGCUGCCAGCCCCCUCAGAGGAGCUCUGGGCUGAGCAGGGAGCGUGGCACAAAUCCUAUAACUUCCGGCAGUCCCAGCCCCAAGGGAAAUACACUGAGGAGGGAGCAGGGGAGGGCAGCGACCUCGGGGAAAGCUCUGGGGAGGACUGGGCAGGGGAGAGCGGGGCCGAAGAGGACGAGGAACUGGAGCCUGUCCCACAGGGGAAGAGGCGAGGGCGGCCCCCCAAGAAGCAAGCGCAAGGCCAGUCCCCAAAGAAGCAAGGACAAGGCCAGCCCCCCAAGAAGCGAAGGCGAGGCCGGCCCCCCCUGGGCCCCUACAUCUGUGUGGUCUGUGCCAAGCGCUUUGUGUACCAGAGGUCGCUGAAGCAGCACAUGCGGCUGCGCAGGCACUAUCCCUCCUGCCACCAGUGCCACAGCACCUUCAGCGAUCUCCACAAGCUGCAGCUCCAUAUGCUCAGCCACCGGGGGGAGGGCACGGCGUGA